AUGCCAGGUCGUGACCAGUUUACUAUCGGGUGGAUCUGUGCGGUCGAUACGGAAUGUAUCGCCGCGCAGAUGAUGUUCGACGAGGUCCUCGACAAGCCAGAUGACAUCCCAUCCCAGGAUGCCAACGCCUACCGGUAUGGGCGUAUCGCUGGCCACAACGUGGUAGUGGCCUUGCUGCCACUUGGCCAGUACGGCAUCUCGUCUGCCACCAGCGCGGUCAAGGACAUGAUCCGCACUUUUCCCAUCCGCAACGUGCUCAUGGUCGGCAUCGCCGGUGGUGCGCCACGCCCCGACCACGAACCCGACAUCCGCCUCGGGGACGUCGUGGUCAGCACGCCGGGUAACGGGGACGGCGGUGUCCUGCACUAUGGCUUCGGCAAGAAGUUGCAAGACCAGGAGGACCGGCAGCGGUUCCAAACUACGGGCCACCUGAACCAGCCGUCGAUAGCUCUUCUCAACGCAAUGAACCUGCUGAAGACAACCCACAGAACCGAGGGGCAUCAGAUCCAAAAUUGCAUGCAGGAGGCGUUGCAGGCAAAGAAGAAGCUCAAGCCGAGGACGAGAAGGGAGCUACAGCGUCCUGACCCCAGCACCGACAGGCUCUUUAAACCCGAUGCGCUCCAUGCCCCAAAUCAUGACAACUGCGACCACUGCGGGGAUGGCGAUUCCGCUCUGGUGGACCGCCCGCCGCGCGACCCCGACGAUGAUGACGACCCCAUGAUCCACUAUGGCCUGAUCGGCUGUGCCGACGAGCUGAUGAAGGAUGCCGUCAUGAGAGACAAGUUAUCACGGGAAAAGGGGAUCCUGUGCUUCGAGAUGGAGGCUGCUGGGCUCAUGAACUACAUGCCAUCCAUUGCCAUCCGGGGCAUCUGCGACUAUUCCGAUUCGCACAAGAACAAGAAGUGGCAAGGUUACGCGGCGAUGACUGCGGCGGCCUAUGCGAAGGAGCUGCUAAGCAACAUUACCCCUGAUCAAGUACUGGCUGAGGCGCGACUUGCCGACAAGAUUGAUGUUGGGUUCUCCAAGACGCGGUGGCUGUCUCCAGCCGAUCCGUCGACGAAUUUCACGCGGGCGCUGAAACAGCGCCACGAGCAUACGGGCCGCUGGCUUCUCGAAACGCCCGAGUACGGCUCAUGGAAGGACAGCCCGGAUUCUUUCCUGUGGUUACACGGCAAGCCGGGUUGCGGCAAGACCGUUCUGAGCAGCACGGUGAUCCAAGACCUGGACGAAGCUCACUCCGGGUCACACACUCUGCUGUAUUUCUACUUCGACUUUAGCGAUACAGCAAAAGAGACUGUCGACAGCAUGGUCCGGUCUCUCGUCCACCAGCUAUACCACCGGGUAGCCGGAGCACGGACGUUUCUCGACUCGCUAUACGCUUUAUGCGGUCAUAGUAGCUCCCAGCCGUCGACCGACUCGCUUCAAUCGACGCUCGAGUCCAUGUUUCAAUCGGCGGGGGGCGUGUGGUUAGCGUUAGAUGCGCUGGAUGAGUGCACGACCCGACAGGAGCUCCUAGAUUGGAUCCGACAUCUUCGAGAGACAAGUCCUGGGGUCUCCUUGAUCGCGACAAGUCGCCUCGAGCAGGAGAUUGAGGCUUCGAUCCGCAGGAUGAAGUCCGGCACCAGCAUUAUACCGCUGCAGAGCGAGCGUGUGCAUUGCGACAUACAGCAGUAUGUCGAGGCAAAGGUGUAUGGCGACAGUGCCCUUCGCCGUUGGCGGAACAGACCCGCUAUCCAGGCGAAAAUCCAGAAGGCUCUGAUCGAGAAGGCUAAUGGGAUUAGGUUCCGGUGGGUAACAUGCCAGCUUGACACCCUCGAGGGCUGUAAGGACCCAAAGGUUUUAGACAAGGCGUUACAAUCCCUCCCAAAGACCCUGGAUGAUACAUACAACCGGAUCAUAGAACGAAUUCCCGAUGAAGAUAGACCAUCUGCGAUACGCAUCUUGCAGCUCCUGGCAUUUUCAGAACGCCCGCUGCAUGUUGAAGAAGUCGUUGAUGCGAUUGCUGUGGAUCUCACGAAGACGCCGCGGGUUGACCCAGCAGAUCGCAUGCCCGAGCCGGACGAAAUCUCCCACUACUGUUCCGGCCUGACAGUUGUUUCGGAAACCAGAGAUGAAGACAUCGUUACAAAACAGAUCCAGCUGUCGCACUACUCAGUCAAAGAAUGGCUAGAAUCACGUCGCUUGGCAGAGCCACUUGCAACUGAGUUCCAGGAGCAGCAUGCCCGGGCGGCUAUUGCAGAGAUUUGCAUAGCAUACCUGCUGGAACUCCCUGAUGAUUUUUCUCUUAGAGAAGCCAGGGACAAGUAUCCAUUCACCCAUUAUAGCGCUGCUUAUUGGCCGGGACAUGCCUCAAUCGGCCAGACUGCUACACAUAUUGUUACCACCCUAGCUAUAGAGCUGUUCGGGAACGCGCAGGCGUACUACCUGACUUUGGUUCUCGGUGUGUACACACAGCGGGCAAGUGGUACUGGUGGUUGGUCUCUCGCGACUCCCUGUUUGACCUUUGCAGCACAUUACGGACUGCAAGGAGCUGUCGAACAAUUAGUUCACCAGGGCGCCGAUGCCAAUGCCCAGGGGAAAAAUCACGGCAAUGCUCUCCAGGCUGCCUCAUCAGAGGGAUACGAGGCCAUUGUGAGACUACUUGUCGAGCAUGGCGCUGACGUCCAUGCUGGGGGCGGAACUUACGGCGGCGCUCUUCAGGCUGCUUCUUGGGCAGGGCGCGAGGAGACUGUGAGAUUGCUUGUUGGCCUGGGCGCCGACGUCAAUGACCAAGGCGCACGCUACGGUACCCCCCUUCACGCCGCUGCGAAGUCGGGGAACACGGAGACGGUGAGGGUUCUUGUUGAACUGGGCGCCGAUAUUGACGCCGUGGGCGGAUACACCGGAAACGCUCUUCAGGCUGCUAUAAUGGCAAAACACGAGGAUACUGUGAGACUACUUAUUGGUCUGGGCGCCGACGUUAAUGCCCGGGGCGGAAUCUACGGUAAUGCUCUCCAAGUUGCUGCAUCAAAAGGACACGAGGCUAUUGUGAGACUGCUUCUCGACCAUGGCGCAGACGUCUAUGCAGAAAGCGGUUGCUACAACAGCGCUCUGGAGGCUGCUAUGAAAGUUGGAAACGUGGAUAUUAUCAGACUGCUUCUUGGAUAG